UUCUAAAUUAAAAUUUUUUAUUUUAGGCAUUUUAGUAGAAAGAGAGAGAGAGAAGAGAGAGAGUCAAAGCCAUUCAACCUCACCGUCGGAGACUGGGCGUCGACUUGCUUCACCGUCGGCGACAUCAAAGAGUAGCUGUUAACUAUUCUUUGAAUCUGUUCUUUUCCUAAAGAAUCACAGAAGAUUUCUUCUGUAAAUGAUGACAUUAUUCCUCAAUCUCAGAAACUUAAGGUUAAAAACCUUAACCCCAUUCUCACUCUCAGAUACAAUUUUUCAUUAUGAAUCUCAAAUGGGUUUUUGUUCAACAUUGCCAAGAGUUCACCAAAAGAAUGUUUCUGUAUUUUGGGAUUUAAACAACAAACCCCCAAACCCAUUUCCGCCAUAUGAAGCUGCACUCAAGCUCAAGAAAACCGCGUCCUCUUUCGGGUUUGUACGCCACACGGUUGCCUUUGCAAAUCAACAGACCUUGAGCUAUGUCCCUGCAGCCAUUAAAGAACAAAGGAAAGAUCGAAAGAAGCUGACACAGUUGGAGAACAAGGGUUUAGUAAAGCCUCCAGAGCGGUACUUUUGCAGGGUAUGUGGUAGAAACUUCUAUAACCAUGAAAAGUUUGUUAAUCAUUUCAAACAGAUUCACGAGCGAGAGAACACAAAGAGAUUGAAUCAGAUUGAGUCAGCUAGAGGGAGUCAGAGAGUGAAGCUUGUAGCAAAAUAUUCAAUGAAAAUGGAGAAGUACAAAAACUGUGCUAGAGAUGUUUUGACUCCAAAAGUUGGGUAUGGCUUAGCAGACGAGCUAAAGCGAGCUGGGUUUUUGGUGAGGGAGGUAUCCGAUAAGUCUCGAGUUGCAGGCAUUGAAAUGAGGGAGCAUAUAGUUGAGAUGAUGGAUUUGAGGAAAGCAGAGUGCGUGGUGCUUGUUUCGGAUGAUUUGGGGUUUGGUAGUGUUGUUGAGGAAGCUAAGAUGAGGUGUUAUAAGACUGUGGUUGUGGGGAAUGUUAAUGAUGGAGGUUUGAAAAGGAUUGCAGAUAGUUCUUUUUCAUGGAAGGAGAUUAUGAUGGGGAAAGCUCGGAAAGAGGCUGUUUCUGUUGUUGGUAAGUGGAAAGACCGGGAUGUUUUGAAAGGACUCGAGUGGAGUUAUAAGCCAGAGAAGGAGAAGAGUGAGUUUGAUGAUGAUGAUGAGAGUGAGGAUGAUGUGGAUUUUGAGAAAAGGUUUGAGGAUGGUGAUGGUGGUAGUUUGAAGAAAGAUCACAGUCGUUUUUGGUGGGAGAUGGAGUCUGAUAAUGAUGAUUCCAUGACAUCUCACUCUUGUAAAUGAAUGUUCAAUUAAGAGAUCAAACUGUGAUGUUAAUUUAAUGUUGUUAGAUAAUGUUGAAAAGCUCUCAAUGGGGACAGACUUUGCUUGGUUUAGAGGAGUUUUGAGGUUUUUAUUAGGACAUUGGAUUCUCACCAUUGUUUCUGUUACUCAAACCGACAUUCUCCCUCGUUUCUGCUUCGUUUGCUGGUGCCGGUGCUUUCCCUCAACGCUCUCCUACCGAUGAUGUUCAAGUACCCCAAUGAGGACAAACCUUGCUUGCUGUUGUAGAGGGAAUCUUGGAGGUUUUUAUUUGGACAUUGGAUUCUCACCAUUGCUUGUGUUACUCAAACCGACAUUCUCGCUUCUGCUUCGUUUGCUCGCUCGGGUGCUUUCCCUCUUGGAGGGAAUACUCUCUUACCAAUGAUGUUCAAGUACUAAUCCAGCAGAGCAAUGCUUCUAUGUAUAUUGUGAAAAUUGAGUUUGGUUAAGCUCACUCCAUUGAGAUGGAGUCUGAAUUGUUCAAUUGAGCUGGUUUUGUACGGUGUUGUUUUAAAAGAUCAAACUGUUUGGGACAAUCCUUUCUAUAGAGAAAUUACCAUGUAAUUUAUCAAUGACUUUCUCAACUUAUUUAUGUUUAACAUAAGAUAAACUUAAUUACAAUCAA